ACAACAAUAACAACAACCUGAACCAGAACAUGGUGAUGAACAACAACAACAACGAUGACGACGGCAGAUCCUACCAGCACCGCCCUGUCAGUGAUAUCCUCACCUCCUUCUUGGCUCGCCAGAGGUCACGAAAGCCAAAGGCAGCUCUCCACGCCCCCGACAGGAUCCAUUCGACCCAUGACGCUGUAGAGGAAAAUGUUCUUAUCGCUGAGGGAACUGAGGAACAACGCUAUAGCCGACGUCUUCCUUGUUGACUCCCUCUCCAGUACACAACCCGGUGUUAUGACUGUGGGUACGAGUCCUGUGGUCGAUCACUCUAGCAGGUACUGUCAUGGGAAGUCGAGAGCCACCGCCAGCUGUCCAACACACGUGGGCAACUUGGCCAUCUGGACACUGGCCAAGUCCAACUAAACCCCACCAAUCACAUCUGUCCAGUGAUUAUAGGUUAGGAUCCUCUGAUUCUCAAAACCCAAGUGGACAUGAUUCUAAAGUUGCUGAUUCUCAAGAACAAAACUCUAAGAUUCUUCAAGGAGAGGAUUUACACGAUUCUCAGAGGCUAAAUUGGACAUCUUCACUCCAGUUAAAAUUACAGCCUUCAGGGCGAAAUUCUUCAGGUUUCCAGUGGCCAAGUAUGAGUGAUCUUCACUGGCCAAAGGUUGUCUACCAAGAGUGGUCCUCCCCAACGCCACCAGUGCCACACUCAGGUCACCAUAGCCAUAAACAAGCUUCUGCCAUGUUGUCCUCCUUAAACCAGAAGGACGUUAAGACUGUGUCCCUUCCUCAGUACGUCAUCCCGGGAAGACACACUCCAGCAGACGAGAAUGUAUCAAACAACAUCUUCACGAGUGUGACCUCCAUCAUGAAGGACCCGAGAUACACCACCCACAGCGUCCUGGCCUCCACAACUCCCAGCGGUGUUUCAGAGACCACGACGGGUAUUGUCAAUAAGGCGCGGGAGAGUCAGGAGGAAAUGGAACACACAACAGAAAGCGGAAUCCUCGAUAAUAAAGAUCGGGAACCUCAGAGGGGUAAGCUGGAUAUCCUUGCGUACAUCCUGGACCUGGUGAGGACUGUGGUAGCUGUUGGUAUUGAGCUCAAGGAGAGGCAGGUGGGGAGUGUCGUCCAGGCCAGGCAGUUCCCACUCUUCGGGUUCCUAUCCUUCCUCAUGUUGCUGCUCAACAGUCUCCUCCUCAUCGUCCAGAACAUCAACAUCAACAAUAACAACAACAACAAUAACAACAAUGACAACAAUAACAACAACAAUAACAAUAAUAAUAACAACAACGAGAACGGUGGAGCCAGAAGUAUCAACGACAUGUUUUUGUUAAGGGACUUUAACAUUAGUGAUCUCAUACGUCGAAUAGAAAACAGAGGACUAAGUCGACUGUUAGGACCAGAACAAUCAUAAUAUUUUCUCUUUUUAGUAAUGUUCAGCAACUUAAUGGAAGCCAGCUCGAUGUUUCAGAGGUCAAGUCACAUUUUGAUUCCUCCGAUGGCCGUGGAGGAUUUGUAUAUGUGUGUGUGUGUGUGUGUGUGACCUAACAUUACGACCAUAUUGGCUUAGCUUAGGUAGGAUCUGGGUCCGUGCUGGGUUCGUGAGCACCGUUUCACUGUGGCCAAGGGUUCAUGAAGCAGUGAACAUCUUUUACACCUAUGUUUUGUGUUUCAGUUUCUCUCUCUGUUUCAUUAUGUGUUGUGCAUCUCUCUCAGUUAUUGUGCACAUCCUUCAAAUUAUUAUUCAUUGUAUAUAUAUGAUUAUGAUGAUACCAAUAAUAAUAAUAAUAAUAAUAA